UUAAGUCAUUUAAAAGGCUAGAAAAUCAGAUCUGGUGUCAAUGUCAUCAGAUAGCUACUAAAAUUUCUACAUUGUCCAACCAAUACGAAUGGAGCUCCCAGUUUGGUCGGUAUUGACGCAUAAAAUUAUACUUGUUUUGGCUUUGACAGCAGCGGUAGUAGUAGUAGCAGCAGCAGGUGGAGGUGGAGGAGGAGGAAAUCAUUAUAAUAUCGAAACAGAUAAGCUUUCUUUGCUUGGCUUUAAGUCCCAGAUAACAGUAGAUCCCCAUGGAAUUUUGAACUCUUGGAAUGAAUCUCUGCACGUGUGCGAGUGGACGGGCAUCACAUGUGGCCGACGGCACAGGAGGGUGACCAAGUUGGAGCUCAAUUCAUACGAUCUCAAGGGUAGCAUAUCUUCCCACGUUGGAAACUUGAGUUUUCUUAGGACGUUAGACCUGCACAACAAUACCUUGACCCGCCAAAUCCCUCCACAAAUCGGCCAUUUGUUCCGGCUGACAGAAUUAAUCCUUACCGACAACUCCUUGAGUGGCCCAAUUCCACACAAUAUAUCUCGUUGCUCUAGCCUUCAAAAUGUAACUCUAGCUCGUAACAAUCUUACUGGAAAAGUUCCGGUAGAGAUUGGAUUGCUAUCUAAGCUUAAGGCCCUUGAUUUGUCUACCAACAAUUUGGUCGGCGAAAUACCUGAAUCCAUUGGAAAUCUUUCUUCGCUCGAGAGGUUCAGUUUGUCAAUAAACAACCUGCAUGGAAGCAUUCCAAGCAGCUUUGGUCUGUUAAAAAGUUUGAGCGUUUUUCUGCUUGGGGAGGCUGGUCUAUCAGGUGAAAUUCCUCACUCCAUGUUUACUAAUCUUUCUUCGAUUACACGAUUUGGUGUAACAGCAAACCAACUUCAAGGAAGCCUACCUUCUGACUUGGGCCACAAACUUCCAAACCUAGAGUACCUUCAAUUGUCAGACAAUCAGUUUGGUGGACCAAUUCCCACCUCUUUUUCUAAUGCCUCAAACCUCUUAUAUUUCGAAGUUGCCAAAAAUAACUUCACUGGGAAAGUGCCAAGUUUUGCAAGGUCGUCCAAUUUGCAGUACCUACUUCUUCAACUCAACAAUCUUGGAUCUCGUGAGAAUGAGGAUUUAAAUUUUCUUUCUUCUCUCACAAACUGCACACACUUGCAAGCUUUAGGUAUUUCUGACAAUGAUUUUCGAAUGGUCAUGCCCAAAUCGAUCGGCAACAUCUCAACUGAGCUUGUACUAUUUGAUAUGGGAUAUAAUCGGAUCCAUGGAAGUAUUCCCACUGAGAUUGGAAAUCUCAUUAACUUGGAGUUAUUAUCCUUUGACCACGCUCAACUCACAGGCGCUAUUCCCAGCUCAAUAGGUAAGUUACAAAAGCUGAAUGAUAUAUACCUCAAUAACAAUAAACUCUCAGGGAUUGUCCCUUCUUCUUUAGGGAAUUUGACACAGUUAAGUAGACUCUAUCUACAGUCAAACAAUUUACAAGGAAGCAUACCAUCAAGUCUUGGAGAAUGUAAGCGUUUGACAUUAAUGGAUCUUUCUCAAAACAAUCUCAGUGGUCCUAUACCGACACAACUUAUUGGCUUGUCAUCCUUUUCCAUUGCAUUAGAUUUAUCAAGCAACAGCUUGACUGGUCCUGUCCCUACAGAAGUAGAUCAUUUGGUAAAUCUUCCCUCUCUGGAUCUUCAUGAUAAUAAGUUAAGUGGUGAAAUUCCUACCACUCUUGGUGGCUGCACAGUCUUGGUGUAUUUAUAUUUGAAUGGAAAUUCAUUGCAGGGGGAUAUUCCCUCAUCUUUGGCUUCUUUGAGAGGAAUUGAACAAAUUGACUUGUCUAGCAACAACUUAUCCGGCACAAUUCCAAGAUAUUUGCAGACUUUUCACUUCUUGGAAAUUUUGAACUUAUCGUUUAAUGAUUUUGAAGGUGAGGUUCCUAUUCAGGGAGUGUUCAGUAAUGUAACUGCACUUUCCGUAGUGGGAAACACAAGGCUAUGUGGAGGAGUACUCCAAUUAAACCUACCUAAAUGCUCCACCAAUCCGCACAAGAAGCAUAGACUAUCUCACAAGGCCAUGAUCAUUAUUGUUUGCGUUGCUUGUGGACUUGUUGCAUUGGUACUAGCAAUGUAUUUGCUCGUACUUUGUGUGUUGAGGAAAAGAAGAAAGUCACCAAAUUUGGGAUUCACAUUUGGAAUUCCCUUAUUGAAAGUGUCAUAUGGAGAUCUUUUUAAAGCUACUGAUGGCUUUUCUUCAGAGAAUUUGAUUGGUGCUGGAAGUUUUGGUUCUGUGUACAAGGGAAUCUUAAAUCAGCAAGAGGCACAAGUUGUUGCUGUGAAAGUACUAAAACUUGAAACUUCAAGAGCAUCAAAAAGUUUCAUAGCAGAAUGUAAUGCCUUGAAAAGGAUGAAGCACCGAAAUCUUGUCAGAAUUAUAACCGCAUGUUCAAGUAUUGACUUUCAGGGGAACGAUUUCAAAGCUCUUGUCUACGAGUUUAUGGUGAAUGGGAGCCUAGAAGAGUGGCUACAUCCAACUCAUAGUGCAAGUUCGGGAGAAGAAUAUAAGCAUUUGAGUCUUACAGAAAGAGUAAACAUUUCUCUUGAUGUGGCAAAUGCUCUGGAUUAUUUGCACAAUCAAUUGCAUGUGCCAAUAGUUCAUUGUGAUUUGAAGCCAAGUAAUGUUCUCUUGGACAGAGACAUGAAUGCUCAUCUUGGAGAUUUUGGAUUGGUGAGGUUCCUUCCAGAUGCUUCCCAUCCAUUUUCCUCAGAACAAAUUAGCUCUCUUGGAAUACGAGGCUCCAUUGGAUACACUGCCCCAGAAUAUGGCAUGGGAAGCGAGGUAUCAACAUUGGGCGAUGUCUAUAGUUAUGGAAUCCUGCUGUUGGAGAUGUUUACAAGGAAGAGACCUACAGAUAUGAUAUUUAGAGAUGGUUUGAAUCUACAUAACUUUGCUCUGACAGGUCUGUCUAGUGGCGUGGAAGAAAUUGUAGAUGCCAUACUACUUCAGACAGAAGAUGAAAGUAGCAUCAACACCACUCACAACAAAAUUAAUGGGGCUCAAAGUCAAUGCAUUCACGACUGCUUGAUUUCUGUUAUUAAUAUUGGACUUGCUUGCUCUGCCGAGUUGCAAAGAGAGCGAAUGGAUAUUGCUGACGUUGUUUCUGAACUUUGUCACAUAAAAGACAAACUUCUUGGAAAACCAUACAUAGGGAGCAUUAAGAGCCGUCUAAACAGAGAAGCCAGUGGUUCUUUAGGAGGAGCUCUUGGAGUUGGAGGGCAUGGCCAGCAGUUUAGCAGAAGUGAUGAUUGAAUAUUUCGUGUCAUUGAAACUAUUUACCAGCUAAUAAAGUUAUGCUUAAUGUAUUAAAUAGUGUAGUAUAGUCAACAACACAUUUUCCUCUUCUCUUCUCCUUCUUCUUUUAUGUUAUUAUACUUGUCCAACUUUACAUAGCACCUCUAUUACUGCAAACAUUUAAUUUGGAAAUUUACAUGAUGCCAGUUAGCUUGUGUGUUAUGAUUCCUAUGUGGCCUAUUUCAUCUAAUCAAUGUAUUGG